UACCUUUUAACAAAUACUCUGAAGUGACAACUUAACACAAGAGGAUUCGAAGCUAUAUGAAAACAGUCUUCAAUUUGUACAAAGAUGUGCAUGGAAAUCUUCGUGAAACUUAUUCUGUUCGGCCUGAUUUUUACCCUCUUCUUUAUACAUCAGGGAUCACUAGUUUUGUUGAUAAGCCAAAGGAAAUUGGAGUCAACAAACGAAUGGAAAUCGGUUACUUUGUUCAUUGUAUUUCUUCCAUAUGUUGCCUCGCUGUUAUCCAACAUAUGGACAUCAUCAUUUUCAACUGUAGAGAAAUGGAAGAGCUGGCCCCAUUGGGGGUCGCUUCUAUUGGGUGUCAUAUCUUCCGUUGCUGAGAGUUAUAUGUUGACUAGUUUAGUUUGGAGUUAUCUGUGGAGAAUACCAGGAUUUCUGUUAUUAGGUGUGUUAAACUCAGGAAUGAUGUUUUCUUUGUUUUCAACUCGAAUGUUAUUUUUCGAGACUUUGUAUUUUCCGAAUAUAAAAAAUCUUUGUUUAUGUGUUAUGAUCUUGCUAUCUUCAUUUCUGUGUCAGAGUGUUAAGUACUUCAAUGCCAGAACUAAAGUUGGAAGAUGUGUUGUACACUUUCCAAUAUAUUUGUCGGCAAUUAUAAUGUCAUUUUCACUGGUAUUAACGUCCUCUUCAGUAAUUAAUAUAUCCCAUAACUCUUGGGCUAGUACUCUAGGUUUACACUCUGAAGGAAUCAAAGUUGGUGCAGAUAAUAUUGCAUUGUAUGGAACUGUUGCGGGACUACUUAUUCUACCGAUAUUGCUGGAUAUAUUGAAUGACAGAACAAUACUGCCUAGCGAGUUCAGUAUGUAUGCAGCCGUUUUAACAACACAGCAUUUAUUAAGUAGGACCUAUAAUACAAUAAAAGCAACACCAUUUAACAAAUCCGCUAAUAAUAAAAGAAAUAUCAGACGAGUAUUUAUAUGUACUACAAUGUAUCAGGAAUCCCAUAUAGAAAUGGACAGAUUACUGGCUAGUAUAAGAAAUGUUUCGGUUUCAAAGCUUUUGAAAAGAGAAAAUGUCAUUUUAGAAUCCCACAUAUUUUUAGACAAUGGCGCUGAUGGACAAAAUAUUAAGCAGUUCGGUCUCCAGUUACUGGGCUUAAUUGAAGAAAAUCUAAUCACAGAUAAAGAUGAAGGAGUCAUGUUAUUUACCCCAUACGGAAUACAGCUUUCGUGGAGGAUUAACAAUGAAAUGCCAUUAUUUGUUCACUUAAAAGAUAUUUCAAAGGUCAAUGCAAAAAAGCGUUGGAGUCAGGUUAUGUACAUGAAGUAUGUUUUGAACUAUCGGUCGUCUAAUUUUCGGAAGUCAUCUGAAAAUUUGUCAAAUAAUUCCUCCUUCGCAAGUUUGUUUUCAGUGGAAUCUUUGGAUUCUUCUAAUGGAAAAUGCAAACCCAAUCGAAAUUAUUUGACAGUUCCUUACAACAAAUACAAGCCACUGACAAAAGAUACAGAAUAUGAGAAUACCAGUGUUGAAACGAAGACGACAAUGUUCCCUUACGUCGAAAUAUUUAUAGGCGAUACAAGCGCAAUUGAAAACCUUUCAGUGAAAAAUGAAUUAUCAAACAGUAUAUACACCAUAGCAGAUUCACGACACAUUUACCAUGAAGACUUUGCAUUUGAUUGCGAGGAUUAUAUUCUGGCAACAGAUGCAGAUAUGACUUUUGUGGAUACAAGUAUUAUGGAUGUUCUACACAUGUGUGAAUCUGACCCAAAUGUUGGGGCGGUCUGUGGUAGGACACGCCCAAAAGGUGUUCAUGUUCACCCCAUUGUUUGGCUACAGAUUUUCGAUUAUGCUAAAGAUUUCUGGACAAUUAAAAGUUCCCAGAACAUUAUUGGUUCAGUUAUGUGUUGUCCAGGAUGUUUCAGUAUGUAUAAACUGAAUGCUGUUAGGGAAAUCGUUGACGAAUAUUCAAGACCAGUAGAAAAUAUGGAAGAUAUUUUUACAAAAGACAACGGUGAAGAUAGAUGGAUGUGCACACUAUUGAUGUUGAAAGGAUGGAAAUUAAGAUAUUCCAGUAAUGCUAGAAAUACUACGUUCUGUCCAGAAGAUACGUAUGAGUUCAUGAAGCAACGUCGAAGAUGGUUACUGUCAGAUUAUGCAAACGCCAUAUUGGUCAUUCGGAAACUCAAAGCCUUGCUAUCAACAAACGAUGCAUUUUCUGUUCUUUAUGCCUUCUUCUUGGUGGAAAUAUUUCUUAUAAUGGUUCUCUACCCUGGGUCUACAAUCGUAAUGAUGUGUCUCGGUUUGGAAUUGGCGACUGGUGUCUCUGUCAUCUUUGCAACACCUGUCACAGUUGCCAUAGUUGUUGCCUACUGUUUGAUGUUACUCAGUAAGGUUUCCCCAACAGUACAGUUGAUAAUGACAAAGAUUUUGAUCAUGGUCUUUGGAGCAGGAACAGUCUAUGUAUUUGUAGCUUCUACUGUUAUUAUAUUUAAAGACUUAGCAGAAGGCUUCCAAGAUGGACAUUUUGAGCACGCAGAAGGUAUUUUGGUAAUGCUAAUGUUUGGUAGUUAUAUCUAUGGAGCUAUGCUAUACCCAACAGAUAUAUGGAUACUGAUAACGGGUGUCGUCUAUUUGUUCUUUAUACCGUUUAUGAAUAUGAUACUACCUCUCUACGCUAUGUGUAACAUUGUGGACCAAUCAUGGGGAACACGUGAUAAUCAAACUGCCACUGUACCAAAAUUUCUCCACCUACCUAAAAUUAAACGAAAAAUGAAGAAACGACGAAAAUUUAAACAAGUUGACACUACGUCACUUAGAAGUUUGAGUGCUUCAUCUGUUAGUUUGAGUGACUUUAACCAAACUGAAUUUGAAUUCUGGGAGGAACUCGUCUCCAACGUUGUCGGAUCGACCGCAUCAAAGGGACUAUCAAACGAAGACAGAAUAUCAGGAUUGACAAGAUUGAGAAAGAAGGCGUUAUUGUUAUUUUCUAUUGCUAAUCUAAUUGGUAUUAUAGCGCUUGUAGGUCUUUAUGCGUUUUUGUUACAGACUUUUAAUAGUAAAUCCACAUUUUCCAUUGUAAUGGCAGUAGCUCUAGGGUUAUCGCCCAUUAUUCAAAUAUCCGGUGGUACUGUGUACAGAAUUGAUGAUACCUUAAAUCGUAUAGGUCGAUGGGUUAAUAAUAUAACUUAGAAUUGAAGAAAUUAGCAAAAAUAUUAGGAUAUAUAUGAGUAUAUUGUACUGAUUGACGUAUUUUGUAACAUAUUGAUUACUUUUAUCAUUCAUAUUGAAUUUCAACUGUCUUCUUAUCGAGUAAAAUUUUAUCUUCAUUUGUGGAAAAAGACACUAUCAAAAUAAAACACGAAUACAUAAUCUUGAAUAUUUCAGUGAACCCGGUAAAACAAAGUCUUCCAAACAUUUAUUGGGGAAAUGUUUCUGUGAUAAACUAUAUGUGAAAUAUU